GUUUCGGUAGAACUAGGAAGAAAGUGAUGUUGUGUGAUGGAUAUGGAGUUUCGAUAAUUCGUAACAACAUGAGUUUCUAGUUAUAUACUGUUAAACGAAUCAUAUUAAUUGUGCUAUUGAAUCUGAUGGUCAGAUGCGUACCAUUCUACUUAUUAGAUCAAAAUGGCUGGGAGUCUGUGUGUGUGAUGGAGGCAUGGGGGAAAGAAAAUUCCCAAUGUUUGAUGAUUGGUUUGUUUUACUUCAUUGGCUAGACUAGAACGACCAAGAAGUUCUGCUGCAAGGGCACUGUGGUUUUGUUCAAUUUUAUCACGCUACUGCGCACUUGGAACAUGAGCCAUAAACAACGAUUCCACUUGUCAAAAUAAGCCCAAACGCGAAAAGAAAAAGAACGAACAAAACAUACUUCUUCAAGAAACCGCAAACAAUUUUUAUCUUCGGGUGUGUAUUCCGCUAAAAACAUUCAGAAAUAGCAAAUCAACGAUGAGUGAACUCAAAAAAAGAAAGAAAAAAUCCAAAGAGGAAAUUGCCAAGGAGUUUGAUUUGCCUGAAAGAAAAAGCAAAAUUGCAACUAUAUACAAACAGGAUGGACAGGCUUAUUGCCUAUGUAGAUCAUCAGAUUCGUCGCGGUUCAUGAUAUGCUGCGAUGCUUGUGAAGAAUGGUAUCACGGAGAUUGCAUAAAUGUUUCAGAAAAAGAAGCAAAACACAUUAAACAUUACUACUGCCAGCGAUGCAAAGAAGAAGAUCCGUCGUUGCAAACGGUCUUUCGAUUAGUCCCGGUAGCUGGUCCAACACCUAUUCCCGAGGAAAAAAAGCCACCGAAGAGAAAGAAAGAAAAACCCAUCGGAAGUUCUUCGGAGAAGCGAUGCGGCAACUGUGAUGGUUGCCUGGCAGAGAAUUGUGGCAACUGUGACGGAUGUUUAGAUCAUACAAAACAUGGCCGCAAGCAACGGUGUGAGAUGCGCAUUUGUAGCAACUCGAGUACUCGGAAAAAGGAUCGGACCUCUGUGAAAGUGGCAGGUCGAAAUAAGAGAAGAAAACGUUCGCUUACGCCAGAGGUGAUCCGAAAUCCGGCGCUGGAAGGAGAUCGACAGUGUUUUGGUCCCGGUUGCAUUAUGACUGCACGACCUCAAUCGAAGUACUGUUCGGAUGAGUGCGGCAUGAAGUUGGCCACGAGUCGGAUUUAUCAAGUAUUACCUCAGCGCAUCCAGGAAUGGUCUCUAAGUCCGGCCGUAGGCGAGGAACAAAACAAAAAAGCGCUCGAAUCGAUCCGCAUGAAGCAAGCAAUUGUUAGAGCCACCCUGGCUGAGCUCGAUAAACGGCAUGCGGAAUUGGAUCUCUUGGUUGAACGAGCCAAGCGAUGCACGCUGGAUCCUAAUGCUUUGGAAAAUACCGAUGUCGAAGAUGAAAUGUCCAUGUACUGCAUAACGUGUGGUCACGAAAUUCAUUCGAAAACCGCCAUUCGACACAUGGAGAAAUGUUUUAACAAGUACGAGAGCCAGGCAAGCUUUGGCAGCAUCUUUAAGACCCGCAUCGAUGGCAAUUCUAUGUUUUGCGAUUUCUACAACCCGGCAAGCAAAACCUAUUGCAAGCGUCUUCGGGUGUUGUGCCCUGAACACUGCAAGGACCCAAAAAUUAACGACACGGACGUUUGCGGUUGCCCCUUAGUGCGAAAUGUAUUUCAACUGACGGGCGAAUUUUGUCGAGCUCCAAAAAAAUCUUGCUUUAAACAUUAUGUGUGGGAAAAAAUUCGACGUGCUGAAAUAGACCUGGAACGCGUACGGCAAUGGUUAAAAAUGGACGAACUGGUCGAGCAAGAGCGUCAAAUCCGCCAGGCAAUGGCAUCACGAGCCGGAGUGCUAGGACUGAUGUUGCACUCAACGUACAAUCAUGAUAUAAUGGAAAAGUUGUGUACGGGCAAGUUUUAGGUUUCGAGGCACAGUAUGCUCAUAUGGCGUUACAUUUGAAUGUAAGAUACCAUUUCAACCGACUGCAUACCAUAAUAAACCAUAUCCAUUAUCUUGAAACGAA